AACGUGCAGCGGCCAUCAUUGAUUCGGUCGGCGACGCAGUUCGCGGAAGGAAGGUCCUUUCCUCGCAGCAUUCCGGGUACCAAGAUGGUGGCCUGAGCUCUUUAGAGAGACUUCCUCCAUCCUUCUCCGUCCCUCUCAGAUUUUUUUUUUUAACCUGGAUGUGACGCAUUAAAGGACCCGACGGAAAUAGAACUGAAGGCGUUCUAAAAUGGCGAACCGUACAGUGAAGGAUGCGCACAGUAUCCACGGCACCAAUCCUCAGUAUCUGGUGGAGAAGAUCAUUCGGACGCGAAUCUAUGAGUCCAAGUACUGGAAAGAGGAGUGCUUUGGACUGACGGCUGAACUUGUAGUCGAUAAAGCCAUGGAGUUGAGGUUUGUGGGUGGUGUCUAUGGUGGCAACAUAAAGCCAACUCCCUUUCUGUGUUUGACCUUGAAGAUGCUUCAAAUUCAACCUGAGAAGGAUAUCAUUGUAGAGUUUAUCAAAAAUGAAGAUUUCAAAUAUGUCCGUAUGUUGGGAGCACUUUACAUGAGGCUGACAGGCACUGCAAUUGAUUGCUACAAGUACUUAGAGCCUCUCUACAACGACUAUCGAAAAAUCAAGAGCCAGAACCGAAAUGGGGAGUUUGAACUGAUGCAUGUAGAUGAGUUUAUUGAUGAACUGCUGCACAGUGAGAGAGUCUGUGAUAUCAUUCUACCCCGGCUACAGAAACGUUAUGUGCUAGAGGAAGCUGAGCAGCUGGAGCCUCGGGUCAGCGCUCUAGAAGAGGACAUGGAUGAUGUGGAGUCCAGUGAAGAGGAGGAAGAGGAGGAUGAGAAGUUGGAGAGAGUACCCUCACCUGAUCACCGCCGGAGGAGCUACCGAGACUUGGACAAGCCCCGUCGUUCUCCCACAUUGCGCUAUAGGAGGAGUAGGAGCCGGUCUCCCAGAAGGCGGAGUCGGUCUCCUAAAAGGAGGAGCCCCUCCCCUCGCCGAGAAAGGCAUCGGAGCAAAAGCCCAAGACGUCACCGCAGCAGAUCUCGAGACAGACGGCACCGAUCCCGCUCCAAGUCCCCAGGUCAUCACCGUAGUCAUAGACACAGGAGCCACUCAAAGUCUCCAGAAAGAUCUAAGAAAAGCCACAAGAAGAGCCGGAGAGGGAAUGAGUAAUGGACUCAGUUUGGCAUUAGUCCAAAUGGCCACCUGUGGAUCCGAAGGCAUCUAUGUGGAAGGAUUAAGAUCUACUCCCCAGGCAGCUAUGAGAAUAUUUUAGCUCUUUUUAACCAAAUUUCUCCACUUUUCUUUUUCUUAAAUGAAAGAGGUGCUGAGUUUUGUAUCUCUGAGUCAUACUCCACAUUUGAGGGAUAGUGCUUCCCAAGGGCUGCUUUGGACCCCGUUGUGCAACCAACCUUGACUGUACUGAAAUUUAUAAGGGUAGAGAGGAUGAAUGACAAGGACAGGAUGUGGCUGGCUGUUGACCUUUUUGUUAUUAAAUUUUAUACACCCAUUUUCCAUUUUUCUGUAGUUUAGUUUUGUUUUGCUCCAUGAUGGUACCUGUUCUGAGAAUCCUGAGAUGUGUGCUGCUCAGUAAAACCUAUCAAGUCAGUAAAACCUAUUAACUCUGUUUUUCUCCUCCCCCAACAUGUCCAUGUAGUAAUAAUAGCAUGAAAACUAACGAGUUAGCAGCAGCUUUGUAAGAAGAAAAGAAUGCAUUCAAAUGUAGGACUUCUUCUCUGGAUCAUUUAAUCCAAUUGCAUUGAACAGUUCAACGAUGAAACUUAAUACCUUUUAUACAACAUUUUUAUAGAGUAUUCUUCCCCAGGAGCCUUGAAUUCUAGGUUAUGGUGCGCAGCCUUUAUCUUGUAAGCACUGACAUUAUCCAAGUAUAGUCAGUAGCAGUAGGGCAACAAGAUUGAAAAGAAGAGGAAAGUAUCUAAUACC